AUGGCCAAACAUGAUUUUAACAUGCUACGUGGGAUGCUGUCAAGGUGCCGAAGACCUGCUAAUGGCCUCCCAAAGUCCCCUGCCCGCAAUGUCAUGACGAGAAAACCACCUCCGAGCCACGACAAUCCAGAUUUCGUCUCGAUCGUGGAUGCGCCAGCAAAGAUUGUCUCAGUCAGCCAGAAGCACUCAAAAAUAGGCCUUGCCGUGCUCGCGCUCAUUCCGAUCACGGCUUUUUGUCUGGGAACAUGGCAGAUUCAGCGACUCGACUGGAAAACGAAACUGAUUGCGAAGUUCGAGGAUCGGCUUGUCCGACCACCCCUUCCACUUCCACCGAGAAUCGAUCCGGACGCAAUCCACGAGUUCGAUUAUAGACGAGUAUAUGCUACAGGGAGGUUCAGGCAUGACAAGGAGAUGUUGAUUGGGCCCCGUAUGCAGGACGGAAAGGAUGGGUUCAUGGUCAUCACACCGUUUGAACGAGAAGGCGGGAGCACAAUUCUCAUUAAUCGAGGCUGGAUCAGCAAAGACAAGAAACAUCAACAAGACCGAGAUCCGGCGUCACUCCCUCAGGGUCAAGUGACGGUGCAAGGACUGCUUCGAGAACCUUGGAAGAAGAACAUGUUUACACCACCGAAUGCCCCAGAGAAAGGCAAGUUUUAUUUCCCGGAUGUCGCUCAGAUGGCUCGGGUCUCAGGUGCUGAGCCAAUAUGGAUCGAAGAGACUAUGACUCCGAAUCUGCUAGUGAGCUGGGAUCGAGAAGCAAAGGGCAUUCCUAUUGGAAGAGCCGCAGAAGUCAAUCUCAGAAACACUCAUUUCCAGUAUAUAUUCACAUGGUACUCAUUAUCUGCCGCCACCACGGUCAUGAUGUGGAUGCUUCUCAAAAAGAAACCUGUGGAUAGAGCCCGACGAGUACGGCACGUCACCAAUUGGUGA